UCAUUGUGGCGCGCCCGCCUUCGGCGCCUAGUACUCGGCAAGGUCGCGCUUCCGGUAGGGGGGUGGCGGUGGCGACGCCAUGUCCGAGUACACCCCCGACGAGCGGCUGCGGCUGCAGCAGCUCCGCUCUCUGCGGCGCCGCUGGCUCAAGGACCAGGAGCUGAGCCCGCGCGAGCCAGUGCUGCCGCCGCGGCGGCUGGGGCCCGUGGAGGCCUUCUGGCAUCGCUUCCUGCAGCCCGGCGGCGUCUGGCGGUACCAGGUUUUCAGAGCGUACCGUGGUGGUGUAUUUGCCGUAUGCUUCUUGCUUAUACCUACCUGGGUUAUUUACUACCAUGUCAAAUACCAAGUAAUGAAUAAGCCAUGUGGUCUUGUUUGCUCGAAGCCCAGAAUAUUCCCAGGUGACACAAUUCUAGAGACAGGAGAAGUAGUCCCACCACUGGCAGAAGAAAUUAGUGGUCAUCACUGAAAGAAUGAAUGUGAUAUGAUAAGCACUGGCUUUGUCCUUAUGCAAGUGCGUUACAUAUAUGUGGAUGAACUGUACAAUAAAGUCCACUUCCGUGA